CCAACCACCCUAACAAGUCUGAACAACUUGGCUCAAGUGCUAAAAUCCCAAGGAAAGUACGACGAAUCGGAGGCGAUGCACCGACGUGAACUAGAGGGUUGCGAGAAGAUUCUUGGACCAGACCACCCAGACACCUUAAUAAGUGUUAGCAAUCUCGCCAGUGUGCUUCGGAGCCGAGGGAAGUACAAGGAAUCGGAGACAAUGCAUCGGCAUGCACUAGAGCAGCGCAAGAACAUUCUUGGACCAGGCCAUCCCAAAACCCAAUUAAGUGCCAACAACCUGGCUACGGUGCUGCGGCUCCAA